CAGCGACGGACGUCUUAUUAUAGACUUCAUCGGUAGCUGAACAUUUGGGAAUGCCACACUUGAGUGCAUACUUGGAUUCCAUAGGAACAACUUUCCGGCAUGGUGCGAAUUUCGCGACGGGCGGUGCAACCAUUAGAAGACAGGAUGAGUCGUGGUUCCGGAAUGGUGUUAGUCCAUUCCCUUUGGAUAUUCAAGUGGAACACUUCACCCAGUUCAUAAAUAGAUCUUCCUACUUCUAUAACCAAGAAAAAAGUGAAAGAGAUAGGCUGCCGGUGCCGGGCGAUUUCUCAAAAGCACUUUACACGGUGGAUAUUGGCCAAAAUGAUAUAGCCGCUGGGUUGAGAGUGGGUUUGGAGCAACUCCGGAACACCACACCCAACAUUGUAAACCACCUAGCUGCCAAUGUUGUUGAUUUGUAUAAUAGAGGGGGGCGGAGUUUUUGGAUACACAACACGGGACCAAUAGGAUGUUUACCUGUAUACGCGGUGAAGGCCAACAGGGAAGAGUUGGAUGAGAAGGGUUGUGUGAGAAGCCAUAAUGAAGCAGCCAUGGAAUUCAACAAGCAACUAGAAGACAGGGUUGUUCAGUUAAGAACAGAGCUCUCAGGAGCUGCACUCACCUACGUAGACAUGUUCCAAGCCAAGUACACAUUGAUUGGGAGUGCAAAGGAUCAAGGAUUUGAAGACCCGUCCAAGAUCUGUUGUGGAUACCAUGAUAAGAGAUACGAUGUUUGGUGUGGGCACAGCGGGAUAACAAACGGGACAACGGAGGUGUAUGCAGGAUCAUGUGAGGAGCCGUCUAGCGUAAUAAGCUGGGAUGGCGUACAUUAUACUGAAGCUGCUAACAAAUGGGUUGCUCUUCAUAUUGUGAACGGGACAUGGUCAGACCCUCCAAUCUCCAUCACAAGAGCUUGUCAGGCCCAAAUAUAACUCUUAAGAAGACUGUACUGUACAAAC